UGAUAUUAGAUCAAUUAACAACGAUAGAAUAGAAUGGAGCAAUCUUGAGAGUGAAACAUUUAAUUAUUCCGGAUGUUAUUUAUGUGUUAUUUAUGAAAGCUUCAAUUAAGUUUUACAGUUGUUUUUGUAAUUGCGAAAUACUUGUGAGCUGUAACCAUAACAAAGUAAUACAAUAGUGCUGGAAGACUUUCAAACCAACUGGAAUUAAACACUUUGAGAAUCUCAGACGGUUAUUGUAUACACUGAAGACACAAGUUUACAGCUGGCUUCCACAAGGAUGCGACUCACGCGCUCGGCGAGUAUCAGCAUACAUGGCGGUGCGGUGAGGGAGAUGGCCGUUUCCGUUUUAGCGCGCAUGCGUGAUGACGAGUCAAAGUUGCUUUGCCAGAUGAAAAGAAUGAUCAAAGAACGGAAGACAUUCGCUACUCAAGCAUUGUGUACGGAAAUAGACGGAUGGAUGCCACUACAUGCGUGCGUCCUACACGCCUCAAAGAAACUAUUAAAAGUGUUUCUCAGUUCCGGUGUGGAUGUGAACAUUCCUAUGGGGCAGCCGGAAGGACUGCCUCGCGGCUGCACGCCGCUGCAUAUCGCGUGUUGGCGCGGUGACAGUGACAUUACAAAGUUCCUGCUCUCCCAUGGGGCGGAUGUGGAUGCCGUGGACGGCUCCGGACGGACGCCCGUUAUGUACGCGGUUAAGCGACGUCAUCGGCACAUCGUGCGGCUACUGGAAGACAAGGGCGCCAAUAUGGCGGCUGUGCAACUUCCAGUGAUCUGGAAUGAGUGUACCACGCCAACGGCAUCACCUAUGAAGUUCUGUUUCUUUUAA